GCCCCCUCUUGGAAUUCUCCGUCGGUUGGAUUUUCAAUUGCUGACACCCGAGAAUCUGUACCCCUCGUUUGCGACCGUUGGGCUUCGAUCCUGGAUUGCUACGGAGCAUAGCACUUGCGUCGAGUCGAGUCGAAUCAGUGACAUCGGCUAAGGUAACUGACAAACGACAUGGCGGUUAACGGCAGCGCAAGUUAUGGCCCUAAGCUUGACUUUGACGAUGAUACCAUCGAUGUGGACGAGUACGAGCAGCCAGAGCUAUCGUGAGUCGCUCUCUUCCCCUGUCAAGUUUGCUCUUACGAGCCCUCUCUGCGUGACAGGCCCUACGAAACGCGCCUCGUCGUCGUCUUGAUGGGUCCCAGCGAGCGCAAAUACUCCAUCCCAGAAUACUACCUCAAACAGUCGCCCGUGUUCGCGGACAUCCUAAGCACAUACCCCAGUUUCAUCACCCGAACAACGCCCUGCAUCGCGCUCCCUGAUAUCGACGACGAUAUCACGCAUACCAUGGUCCACUAUCUCCACACAGGCACAUACCAGACCCUCCGACAAGGCGGUGACUGGACGAAAACCGAAUACAGACGGAGUGUGCUUGCGUACGCCGCGGCUUCGAAGUACGAACUCCGGGGUCUGCUGACUCUCGCGAAGAAAUACAUGCAGAAGCUCGACAAGAACCUGUCCAUUUUCGACGUGUUGAGCGUCGCAAGGAAGGCCUUCACAAAGAUCCCGGAUUACGACCAGUGGUUUUUCUCCACUUACGUGAAGAGCAGACUCAAUGCUGCCUUCGAUGAAGACGAGGACUUGUUCGAGAGUCCCCGGUUCCAGUACCUCCUCAGCGCUGAGCCCGGCUUCGUCACGUGCCUGGUGCAGGCGAUGGUAGCGAUCUAUGAGGCGAAGCUAUCGGAGCUGAAGAAGCUCCCCCGGGUAAAUGGUGUGCAUGUCGAGGACGCGGAAAACGGUUCCGAUGACCACGGUUAUGCUGAUGAAGAGAUAACCAGUCCUAGGAGAGGAUACAACAAAGCAGUGAUAUUCAUCGAAGAUGCCGUGUCCGACAGGCCUCUCUCAGAGGGACCCGUUUCCGAGUUAUACGCCGAGUCCAUCCCGGACGACAGCGGUCCCAUGGAGGCCUUUCCUCAGUUGAGCAACGAUACAUACGUUCCCGAAGAACCCGUGGAUGAGAGAUUCAUCCCCGCUGAAGACCCGAUCGCCGAGGAACCCAUCCCUGAAGCUCAAGCCGAAGAGCCCGAGAACGCGUCGUUGAGUGACCGUUGGACAUGGCGGAACUGGUCAAGCAAAGAGAGGGAUUGGGCAUAUAAGAGCGUCCCCGAACCGGCACCCGAGCCAGCCAUCCCCGAGGAGCCAACCCCAGGACAAUACCCCGAGGAACCCGCACCAGUGCCAGAAUAUCCCGAGAUCCAGCGGACCGCCACGGAAGAGACAGGGACUGAAACCCCCCCCGCCGACAACGGAAAGAAGCUGGGGAAGAAGAGCCGGAAGAAGAAGAUGCGGUCGUUGUUUUCUUCCGCGGAGGAGUCGAUCAAGGCCGAGCCACAGGCUGCGUACUAGAACCGGGGAAAUUGUAUAAUUAGAUAGACG